CUGCGCCGCGCAGCCAUUCGGGAGGCCGCCGCGCUGCAGGGCCUCGCGGAGCAGCCGGGUCCCGCGAGCGCGGCUUCCGAGGUCCUUCGAGUGUCUGGACGCCGCCGAGGCCCACCGGUCCAACUUCUCAUCUCUGUAUCUCUGUUCUUCAUGUACUACAGGCUUUUUUCUGUAGUUAAGUCAGAAAGCCAUGUAGACUUGCCUGCCCUUUGAAGACAGACUUUUAAGACUUCUAGGAAGAUAGCUGCACUAUUGAAAGCUUUCAAAGAAUAUAAUCGUGUGUUGUAACAGAAAGAGAAAUGGAAGUAUUCCAGGAACUCCGUAAGCCCUCAGCACGUUUGGAGUGUGACCACUGCAGUUUCCGAGGCACAGAUUAUGAAAAUGUGCAAAUCCACAUGGGCACCAUCCAUCCAGAAUUUUGUGAUGAAAUGGAUGCUGGUGGGUUAGGUAAAAUGAUAUUUUACCAGAAAAGUGCAAAGCUAUUCCACUGCCAUAAAUGCUUCUUCACCAGCAAGAUGUACUCUAAUGUGUACUAUCACAUCACAUCCAAACACGCAGGCCCAGAGAAGUGGAAUGAGAAACCAAAAACUCAGCUAAGCAAAGAAGCAGAUCCUGGGAAGAGCCCUCCUCUUCCUGAACACCAGAAAAUACCCUCUAAUUCAGCAGAACUCCCAAAACCCAUACCUGCCCUUUCCAUAGAAACACAGAAACUUGGCCCAGUUUUGUCUCCAGAAUCCCCAAAACCUGCUCCUCUCUCUUCCCUGGAGCCUCAGAAGCCUGGCCCUGUUGUUUCUCCUGAGCCACAGAUACCUUCUCUUCCUUCUCCUGAGCCUGCAAAAUCUGCCUCUCUUUCUUCUCCUGAACUUCCGAAGUCAGUCCCUGUUGUUUCUGAAUCUCAGAAACCAGUCCCUAUUCCUUCUCCAGAACCACAGAAACUUACUCCUUUAUCUCCUGAGCCAGUAAAGGCCACUCUUCCUAAUCCCAAACCCCAGAAACACUCCCAUUUCCCAGAAACAUUGGGGCCACCUUCAGCCUCUUCUCCAGAGUCACCAGUUUUAGCUGCUUCCCCUGAACCUUGGGGUCCCUCCCCAACUGCAUCUCCGGAGUCUCGGAAGCCAGCCCGGACUGUCUCCCCUGAGCCAAGGAAGCCAUCCCCAUCGGAAUCUCCUGAGCCUUGGAAGCCAUUCCCUGCUGCCUCCCCAGAGCCCAGGAGACCAGCCCCAGCUGUGUCACCAGGUUCUUGGAAGCCAGGGCCACCUGGGUCCCCAAGGUCUUGGAAAUCCAGUCCCUCAGCAUCAUCAGGACCUUGGAAGCCAGCUAAACCUGCUCCAGCUGUGUCUCCUGGUCCUUGGAAGCCAAUUCCUUCUGUUUCACCUGGACCAUGGAAACCAGCUCCCUCUGUGUCCCCCGCAUCUUGGAAGUCUUCAUCAGUCUCACCUGGUUCCUGGAAGUCUCCCCCCGCAUCUCCUGAGUCGUGGAAGUCUGGCCCACCAGAACUCCGAAAGACAACUCCCACCUUGUCACCUGAACAUUGGAAGACCAUUCCCUCAGUGUCCCCUGAGCUUCGUAAAGCAGGACCUCCCUUAUCUCCUGAGCUUCGUAAACCAGGCCCACCAUUGUCCCCAGAGAUCCGCAGUCCAGCGGGAUCUCCAGAGCUCAGAAAACCUUCAGGGUCUCCAGAGCUUUGGAAGCUAUCUCCGGAUCAGCGGAAAACUUCUCCUGCUUCGCUUGAUUUUCCUGAGUCCCAGAAAAGUUCCCGUGGUGGUUCCCCUGAUCUCUGGAAGUCUUCCUUUUUUAUUGAGCCUCAGAAACCUAUCUUCCCUGAGACCCGGAAACCUGGACCAUCUGAGUCCCCCAAAGCCACCUCUGAUGUCUGGAAGCCUGUUCUCUCUCUUGAUGCUGAACCUAGAAAACCUGCCCUGUUUUCUGAGCCCACCAAAACAGCCCCUCCUGCUUCUCCUGAACCAAGAAAACGUGCUCUUUUUCCAGAGCCCCGGAAACAUGCCCUUUUCUCGGAACUUCCCAAGUCUGCUAUCUUCUCAGAAUCCCAGAAGGCAGUUGAGCUUGGUGAUGACCUACAGACAGAUGCCAUAGAUGAUCAAAAGUGUGAUAUUUUGGUUCAGGAAGACCUACUAGCUACACCUAAGAAACUCUUAGAAGACACUUUAUUUCCUUCCUCAAAGAAGCUCAAGAAAGACAACCAAGAGAACUCAGAUGCUGAGCUUAGUAGCAGUGAGUAUAUAAAAGCAGAUUUAGAUGUGAUAGACAGCAAGGGCCAAGAAUCAAGCAGCGAUCAAGAGCAGGUUGAUGUGGAAUCUAUUGAUUUUAGUAAAGAGAACAAAAUGGACAUGACCAGUCCAGAGCAGUCCAAAAACGUAUUACAAUUUACUGAAGAAAAAGAGGCUUUUAUCUCUGAAGAAGAGAUUGCAAAAUAUAUGAAGCGUGGAAAAGGAAAGUAUUAUUGCAAAAUUUGUUGCUGUCGAGCUAUGAAAAAAGGUGCUGUUUUGCAUCAUUUGGUUAAUAAGCAUAAUGUUCACAGCCCUUACAAAUGUACAAUCUGUGGAAAGGCUUUCCUUUUGGAAUCUCUCCUUAAAAAUCAUGUAGCAGCCCAUGGGCAAAGUUUACUUAAAUGUCCACGUUGUAAUUUUGAAUCAAAUUUCCCAAGAGGCUUUAAGAAACAUUUAACUCAUUGUCAAAGCCGGCAUAAUGAAGAGGCAAAUAAAAAGCUAAUGGAAGCUCUUGAACAGCCACUGGAGGAGCAGCAAAUCUGAUUUUUACACUUGGCGUGGAUAUACGAUCUACAGAGUUGUUUGUUGAAACUGUAAAGCCUAGUUAAGUAGCAUAGUUGGAAUGAUAGAUGUUGAUGUGUAUGAUGUACCGUGUUUGUCUCGGUAGUGUUACAAAGGGUAAGCAUUUGGUCCUUUUUUUCAUGGCCUCUGUUUAUGUGGCUGUCUUGUUAAGUUAAUAAAUUCGUAACUAUAUUCCAGGUGGAUUAAGAUUUCUCUAAUUUCUUUAAAUGUAUUUGAAUAAUAUGAAGAUGUAGGCGGUCCACUUAAUCCAGAGCAAGUUGUACUCGAUUUAAAACAUCUAAUAAAGUGUAUCUUUUUUUGUGAAACUGACUUCAGACAAUGGAAAUGAUUAGUUGGAAUGUUUAACAAUUAGGCAUGAAAUUUUUUCUCUCCUUAUUUUCAGAUCAUAAAAGUUAUUUUGAAGUUCCUAUUUGAUCAUAUAAAGUUAGAAUUUUGAGCAGUUCUAGAUGUUUAUUAGCUUUUACGUCAUGGAAAAUUGGAGUCUCAGGGUUGCUGAUUUUCUGCUAAAAGAAGAGGGGUCAAGUAAGUUUGAAAAUAUUUGCAGCCUUCUCCUCUAGGAGACUGGGAAAGAUGAGUGUGAUUUAGACUUAGGUCUUGUCCUUAGAUGUUCCCUUUGGGUUCUUCCACACUGCACUGACACCCCCCCCCCCCCCCCCCUGCUCCAUUCUGGCUCUUUUCUUACCUGUGAGUUCACAUUAAUAGAUGAUCCUUAACUGCCAAAUGUGUCAGAACUACACUUCUGCCCCUGGGCCUCAUGCGCCACCAAUUGGGAUUUCAGACCUGGUAAUGAGUAGGAACUGAAGAGUCUUCCAGAUUCACAGUAGAAAAUUUUAUAAGUAGACGUUUCUGUUUGAGAGUACGUCAAUUGUCUGUUUUCCACGGUUGUUACUGUAAAUACCUUGUACCUGUUCGUGGGUUAUUUUGUUCCAAAAUAUUUUGUCAAAUGUGUAUUGACCAAAUUAAAAGCAAAGGCUUUCAUGUCAGCAGUAU